AUGCCUUUGUUGUUCCCUUUACUUGCAAGCAUAGCAAAGGGUCUCGACCCGCACGUUGUCUUCGAUGAACAAUCGGCUAUAAAAUGCGGGUUGAGGCGGAAUAGAAACCUUAUGUCUCUCCGCUCUGAAAUCCUCGUCGUUGGUGCAGGCCCUUCGGGUCUAGUUAUGGCGCUUGCGUUGCUCAGAAACGGCGUUUCAGUGCGGCUGAUUGACCGAGAACCGACAUCUCGACUGGGCCAACGUGGAGCAGGCAUAAUGCCGCGCUCCCUUGAACUUUUCCACGCCCUCGGAAUCAGUGAAGAUAUUCUCAAACGUGCUAUCCCUGCCCCUCAGGCAGUCGUGUACCAAAUGCCUGGCGGAAUCCAACCUCUCAGCAAGUUCGAUAUGUGGCCACCCGUUGAAGCCACCACGAAAUUUCCCUUCCCCAAUGUAGUCAUGCUGGGUCAAGACCAUCUUGAACAAAUACUUCGGAGUGAGCUCCAUAAACUUGGAUGCGCUAUCGAAUGGGGCACUUCUCUGGUUUCUUUUGAGCAAGGGCCAGAUGAGGUUCGCGCUGUUCUGGCCCGUGCCGACAGUCAAACCACAGAAACGCAGACAUUUGGGUAUUUAGUAGGAACAGACGGAGCUCGCGGUGUUGUUCGCAAAGCACUUGGGUUGACCUUUCUCGGGGAGACGAGCAAUGCACAUAAUCUGGUCGUGGGAGAUGUCAUGGUACAUGGCCUCGACCCCAAGCUAUGGCACAUGUGGGGGCAAUUCGAAAACAACUGGCUCAGUUUAAGGCCAACCGAAGUCCCAUUCAUGUUCUCCUUCUUGUUGUCUGGACCCGAGAUCGACCACUCCUAUAUCGUACAGAAUCCGGCCUCCCUUGGCAGUGUCUUCGUCGAAUAUACUGGAAGGAGGAAAGACCUAGUCUUUGGCGAUGUGGUCUGGCUCUCGACAUACCGCCCCAAUGUUAGGAUGGUCAACAAAUUCAGCUCCGGUCGUGUAUUUGUGGCUGGAGACAGUGCGCAUAUUCACAGUGUUACCGGUGGACAGGGUAUGAACGUCGGAAUCCAAGACUCCUUCAACCUGGGGUGGAAGUUGGCGCUGGUCGCUCGCGGCCUUUCUCCGGAAUCAUUACUUGCGACUUACAACGAAGAACGAACUCCUGUCGUCGCGGCAAUGCUUAACCAAAUCACCGCUCUUCUCCAAGAAACACAAAAUGACAAGAACCAGAUAGCCAACCCUCGCAGGGCGCGCACGGCUAUCUCUGCUUGGAAGUACAACGGCGGUGUUCUCCAACUGGGAGUCAACUGUCGAUGGAGUUCCAUUGUGUUUGACGAGCAGUCACAUGAUGACAUCGAGUUUGAAGAAGAUCUGGCAGAUUUUGAUCAAGACUUUGCAUAUGACGAAGACGAGGAAGAUGAAGAAGACUUUUCUUCCGCAAACGACGCGUUAAUUCAGAGACCAUUGCGAGCAGGUGAUCGCGCACCUGAUGCGCCACAGCUUGUUGCCAUCAAACAUCCAAACUCUUCCCGGCCAUCAAAUCGGUUCUUCGACAUCUUCAGUCCAUCCAAACACACGGUGCUGAUUUUCAGCAACAACCCUAAUCGAUGCCUGCCUGCCAUGCGUCUGUUGGGCUCUUUUCCCCAUAGCGAAAUCCAAUCUGCUGUUGUUGUUCGGCCACGUACGGCCGUGAGCGAAUCGGUACCCCCUCUGGUGGACUGGAUUGUUGAGGAUCAUGCGGGACAUGCCUACUCAACCUAUUCGUUUCGUGAAGGCUGCGAUAUCGUUGUCGUUCGCCCUGAUGGGCUACUUGGAGCAGUCGUUCGUAGCGGCAGGGGUCUGUUAGAAUACUUUGACGGCAUUUUUAAACGCUCCUCCUAA